AUGAUGUAUGGACAGAUCCUUCAUCCGCACAGCCCUGAUGAUGACUGCUUUAUCAAUGUCAAUGUUGGUGGUUUCAAACAACGAAUGGAGCAAAAUGUUCUGAAACGAUUCCCGCAGACACGUCUGGGUCGCCUCCUGUGCUGCAGCUCCAAAGAAGCAAUCCUUGAGCUCUGAGAUGACUUCAGUCCCUCUGAGAUGGAGUACUACUUUGACCGCAAUCCACGUUUUUUCUGUUACGUUCUCAACUUCUACCUCACAGGCAAAAUCCAUCUGGUGGACGGGCUGUGCAUUAUGUCGUUUUUUCAAGAGAUUGAGUAUUGGGGCAUCAAGGAACGUCACUUGGACUUCUGCUGCAGCAACAAAUUUCAUGAACUGAUGCAGCUUGCGGAAGAUAAGUGCUGGGAUCAGAGGAGCGAUGAACUGCAGCUGCACAGCUCGGGUUCAUCUAUUGAGGAGCUGUCAGCCUUGGAGGAAGACAUAGAAAUGUUUGAAGGCUCCUGGUGUGCAGAUAUCCGCAGGAACAUCUGGAUUCGUCUUGAGAAUCCUGGUUACUCUACUUCAGCCAAAGUGAUGGCUGUAGCAUCCCUAAGUGUGGUCAUCGUCUCUAUUCUGGCCAUGUGCAUCCACAGCAUGCCGGACUUCCAUCAAGUGGAUCUCAAUGAGAAGGAGAUUGAAAACCCAGUGCUGGCUUUCUUUGAGGGCCUCUGUGUUCUGUUCUUCUCUGCAGAGUUUAUUCUUCGUCUGGUUGUUGCACCAUCAGCCAGGAAGUUCUUGUGCAGCCCUCUAAAUAUCAUUGACUUCAUGUCAAUCAUGCCCUUCUAUAUCACUUUAGCCUGUGAUAUAAUGGAUGAAGGUGAAAACACAGACUUGGAGAAUGUUGGCAAAGUAGUGCAGAUCUUGAGGUUGAUGCGAGUGUUUCGCAUCCUGAAACUGGCUCGCCACUCAGCAGGUCUUCGCUCUCUUGGUGCUACACUGCAACACAGCUCCAGUGAAGUAGGGCAGCUGGUGCUUUUCUUGUCUGUGGGCAUUUCCAUGUUUUCAGCCCUCAUUUACUUUGUAGAGAAAGACUCUCGAGAGUCAGAGCUACAGACUAUGCCUAUUGGCUGGUGGUGGGCCACCAUCAGCAUGACUACGGUGGGCUACGGGGACACCUUUCCUGUUACGCUUGCUGGGAAGCUGAUAGGAACCCUGUGCAUCGUCUGCGGGCUGCUGAUCGUGGCUCUGCCCAUUACUAAUAUCUUCAAUAAAUUCUCCAAGUUCUAUCAAAGGCAAAAACAUCUAUAG